AGUUUGUAAACCAUUUAUCUUUGCCACUUUGAACAGAAUUAACAUCUCAUGUAUAGCAUGUCUGCUUCUUCAGCAUAAUUUUGAUCACUGCAUGUAUCCUGUUCUAGCAGAUUGACAGGCUUACUUUGUCUGCACACUUUUGCUAAAUGUUUUUUUUUUCUCCAAAGAAUUUACAUAUAACCCCAUAUGGUGAGCAUUUGGCUCUUGCGUGUGUUGAUCCACAGUACCUGCACAUUUCUUUAGUAUUUUUCUCCUUAGACCACUGUCCGAUGAAUCCUGUUUCCAUUUUCUGUCGACAUGGUCUCUGUAUUUGUUCUGAGUGGUAUAAGUCAGUGAUUCUGCCUGUUCAGGGACAGUGUUCAUCUUUUUUAAUUGGAUCUGCGUCUGUUCGUUUGCUCUGCAUAUAUCUAUGCAUUUUUAUUCAGCGUUGUGGUUCGCGCAGCAUACUUUACUCCGUUAUCUUUACAGCCAAUCACAAGUCUGUCUCUGAUCGUUUCGUCUCUCAUUGACCCGAAAUCACAAGAAUCCGACAAUUGACGCAACCUCACAAUAUAUUGACCAGACGUCUCUGCUUGAGUUUGUUCACAUGUUAAAAAUGAAUAUUUCAUUAAUCACAUUACGAGUGGGUUCAAAAUGUCUUUGUAAAACGUCAAGGAUUUUCUUAUAAUUGUUUAUAUCCUCUUCCCCCAGAUCUAGGUGACGCUGAAGCAUAUGGCACUCUCUUCCAAUAACACUGAGCAGUGUUGCCACUCUCACAUGCGGGUCUUUAAAAAAUAUAUAUAAACCUGUAGCGUUUUAAUAAUUAUCCCACUGAUCACGGAAAAGCAACCCGUUUUGGUACAAAUCGCCGUUCAUGUCCAUGGUGCUAGCCACCGGAAUUUGACUGAGAGACAUUGCAGGCUCUUCGUACUCGCUCAUUUGUUCCACUUAUUUGUGUUUAUCCGACAGCGAUUACAUUGUCCACAUACCUUAUUAUAUUUUCCGUGGCGCUUGACUUUGGGUUAUUUUCGCUGACACCAUGUUUUAAUGUGAAUAACUCACGUCGGAGAGUUUGGUAAAGUUCAAGCAUAAUCCUUUACUCAGGUGUUACAGGUCACAACAUCCCAAUCAGACACUCGUAAUAUACCUUUUUAUAUAUCAUAGCCCCCACUGGCGCCAUCCCUAGGUUGGCGUUAUUGCCAUUAUCUUAACAUUAUGUGCUUGUCGUUGGAACUUUUAACCGCACGAAGGAAGAAUUACGCAUCCAUUUCUACCUCGAUUCUCUUUGUUACUAAAUAGCCUGUAAUGCGACGCGCCGGUGCAAUUGGUCAUUGGCUUCCUCACUCAUUCCCCAAAUCGAAACUGCAAAGAGAAAUAUGACAGAUCGAAUCCUAAUGCUGAUCUACAUUGUGAACACAUUUAGCGUGUGUUCUCAUUACUGAUGAAUUUACAUCUAUCGCAAACUUAUUCUUGAGGAUGGCAACGAAGAGUUGGGCGUCCGGCACACGUGUUGCCAAGAGUGACCACAGCAAACCUAAAGCUGGUGAACUGGCCUACCGCAAAGGAGACAUCCUCACUGUUGUGGAAACGGGGAUGGUACAUAACAACGGGAAACGACAUUACAAGGCCAGACACAACACCACAGGAGAGGAAGGACUCGUCGCUGCCACCAACGUGCGAGAACGAGAGGCCAUUUGCGUCGACCCUCGUCUCAGUCUCAUGCCCUGGUUCCAUGGGAAGAUCUCAGGUCCUGAGGCGGUGUCCAAGCUGCUGCCUGUGGAGGAUGGCCUGUUCCUGGUGCGGGAGUCCAUCCGCCACCAUGGUGAUUACGUGCUCUGUGUCAGCUACUCCAGCCAGGUCAUCCACUACCGAGUCAUCUACCAGGACAGCAAACUGACCAUCGACAACACCCAGUACUUCUACAACCUCUUAGACAUGAUCGAGUUCUACUCCCAGCACAAGGGAGCUAUUGUUACCAAACUUCUAAAGCCCAAAGAGAAGGAGGGCACAAAGUCAGCUGAGUUGGAGCUGUCUAAAACGGGAUGGCUGCUGGAUAUCAGGGAGCUGACCUUGGGAGGGAGUAUCGGGGAGGGGGAGUUUGGAGCGGUGUAUGAAGGAGACUACAUGGGCCAGAAGGUGGCAGUAAAGAACAUUAAAUGUGAUGUAACAGCACAGGCAUUCUUAGAAGAGACCACUGUUAUGACGAAACUGCAGCAUAAGAAUCUGGUGCGGUUGUUGGGGGUGAUCCUACACAAUGGACUGCACAUCGUCACAGAGCUCAUGGCCAAGGGUAAUCUGGUGAACUUCCUCCGGACAAGGGGCCGUUAUGUCAUCAACACUGACCAGCUCCUGCGCUUCGCACUAGAUGUAUGUGAGGGUAUGGAGUACCUGGAGUCUAAGAGGUUGGUCCACAGAGACCUAGCGGCCCGUAACAUCCUGGUCUCCAACGAGGGCGUGGCCAAGGUCAGUGACUUUGGAUUGACCAAGUUGGACUGCAAGGCCUCAGACAAUGCUAAACUCCCAGUCAAAUGGACAGCCCCUGAAGCCCUGAAGAAAGAGAAAUUCUCCACGCGGUCAGACGUAUGGAGCUAUGGUGUUCUCCUCUGGGAGACGUUCUCUUAUGGUCGACAACCCUACCCCAAGAUGUCUCUGAAGGAGGUGAAGGAGCUUGUGGAGCAGGGUUACCGUAUGGAGGCUCCAGAGGAGUGUCCCCCCAGUGUCUACACCCUGAUGAGGUGCUGCUGGGAGGCUGAGCCCAGGAAGAGGCCCUCCUUCCAGAAACUACAGGAGAAGCUGGAGAGAGAGCUGACCAAACAACAGCCCUGGCUGCUGAAGUCAAUUUAAUAAUCCUAUUCAAAUAACUACUGGGCUCUUGUUUUGAGCUGCCUGGAGCAGGGACAGUAACCCGGGGACAGGUGGACCCAAGUGGUUACCGCUCGCUUCACAGCUUUCCCGGGAAACUCUCUGUAUUCUAGCAUCACACGGACAAAAGAGUAGCGGAUGAAGGAGUUUGCUUCUGCUGCUGCUGCGUUCGCGGUAGAACAUACCACGUGGCGGCGGUGCUUUGUGCGUGCACACAUCCUGUAAAUGGCUACAGUGUAAAAUCAUCCAUCUUGAUUUGCUUAAAGAAAAAGCAUAUUGUUUUUACGGCAAAAUCGUUUAAACGUAUGUUGAGUUUGUGCGAUGAAGGAUGCAGGAUAUUACACUAAGACACAACAUGUUAUCGAUUUUUAUUGUAUUUUUAUGGAAUGAUCUACUGUAAUGAGGAGUCCUUACACUUAUUUCUGUCUGUGUUAUUAGAGGUAGCAACUCAACUCGUCAUGUCUCCACACCCCAAUUCUCUUUCCUGAGUAACACAUUAUUUGUGUUACCAAUAUGGGGCCAUUAUUUUUCUUUCAUAAGACACAGAGAGCGAAAAGGAUAGAGGGAGAGCGAGAUGGAAAGAGGGAAAAUGCUGAUCCGGGAUUAAAUCCCAGAUCAUCCGUAUCUGCUUGUUUCAGACUGUAAUUGUCCAGCAAUAUGCCCUGCGACUCAGGGGCUUAAUAUGUGAAAUCUUGAAUGUUAUUGCUGAUAUUAGUAAGGAAUUACAAAGCCGACAGCAGUUUGUCUGUGUACAAGCUCUGAGGAGCUACAGGGGAUUGGGACGGAAUAUCCUAUUUUAUUUUCAGUUCAUUUGCCGUAAAUGUAGUAGACCUAUACUCCCAUAAAACCAGUGACUCAGCAGGUCUUAGUCGAUCUAUCUGUGUAAAGGGAAUUUCUUUAUUAAAUCCAGUUCCUAAAAGCAAAGGGGUGCUCGGUUUGAACAGAAAUUGUUGGAUUUUGGACAAUGGACAUUUGCAAAGAAGAGAAACCUGCUGCAUCUGGGGUUUACAAAAAAAAUAUAUUAAAAAAAUAAUGUAAUGUAAUAAUGUAGAUAAGGGACUUACCUCUAAAACAACCUAGGUUCCUCUGUCUUCAAGCAGCUAUGAUUUAACUCAACCCAGAUUAGAGAGGGGAGAGAUUUUUAUUUUAUUAUUGUCACGUUACAACCCAAAUUAAAGAUGUCAUUAGUUUUAAGUCUUUGUAAGCCUGGUAUUUGUCUUUCACCCAUGGGAUGGACCCCAGAUUGGGUCCUGAUCUGCUCCCAUCACAUCACCAUAGGGCCUGUGUGUUGAUUUGCUUUGUUUCCCUAAAACUUCUCAUGAAUGCUUUGAAAUGUUCCAAGAAAUGCUGAAAAAAUAAAUAGGAAUAUUUUUAACUUA